UAUGGUUUCGUCGUAUUUGGUUCAUCAUGGGUACUGUUCAACAGCCACCGCCUUUGCCAGAGUCACAGACACCACAAUCCAGGAAGAACAGACCUCAAUAAAGAAUAGACAAAGAAUACAGAAGCUAGUAUUAGCAGGCAGAGUGGGAGAGGCUAUAGAAGCCACCCAGCAGCUCUAUCCUGGCCUCCUAGAACAUAACCCCAACCUGCUCUUCAUGUUAAAGUGUCGGCAGUUUGUGGAGAUGGUGAAUGGGACAGACAGUGAAGUCCGUUGUUUCAGUGCCCGCAGCCCCAGAUCCCAGGACAGUUACCCCGGGUCCCCCAGCUUAAGUCCUAGACAUGGAUCAAGCAACUCACACGUGCAUAGUACCGGAGCAGAUAGUCCAACCUGUAGCAAUGGAGUCAUGUCCACAAAAAGCAAACAGAGUCACAGUAAAUACCCAACGCUGAGUUCAUCAUCUUCAUCUUCCUCCUCCUCCUCCCCCUCAUCUGUGAACUACUCUGAGUCCAAUUCUACAGAUUCUACCAAAUCUCAGCAGCACAGUAGUACGAGUAACCAAGAAACCAGUGACAGCGAGAUGGAAAUGGAGGCUGAGCACUACCCCAAUGGAGUCUUGGAAAAUUCAUCCACCAGGAUAAUGAAUGGCACCUACAAACAUGAAGAGAUCCUGCAGACGGAUGAAUCCAGCAUGGAAGACAGCUGUCCCCAGAGGCAGCUCUGUGGAGGGAACCACGCUGCCACGGAACGAAUGAUCCAGUUUGGACGGGAGCUGCAGAUGCUGAGUGAGCAGCUUUGCAGAGAAUACGGGAAGAACACGGUGCACAAAAAGAUGCUUCAGGACGCAUUUAGCUUGUUAGCUUACUCAGACCCUUGGAACUGCCCCGUUGGUCAACAGCUGGACCCGAUCCAGAGGGAACCUGUGUGUGCUGCUCUUAAUAGUGCUAUAUUGGAAUCUCAGAACCUGCCAAAGCAGCCCCCGCUGAUGCUUGCCCUGGGCCAGGCCUCGGAGUGUUUGCGGCUCAUGGCUCGCGUGGGCUUGGGCUCCUGCUCCUUUGCCAGAGUAGACGACUAUUUGCACUAGCCACCAGAGCAAGAUGGAGUUGACAUCGUUGAGUGCUGCCCUUCACCCUCCGUUGCUGCCACUCUACACCACCACCUCGUUCGAUAGCCUGACCUCCCUGCCACCAACACCCCCUCUAGCACACACACACACGCUGCCCGUGAAAGGAUCGAGUGAGUCCCUCACUGUGUGGCUGUUCCUGACCCCAGGAACGACUGGCAGACCUUACCUGUCUCCCUGCCAUUGCUGCGGCUCCAGCGGCACUCAGUAUUUCGCUGGUUAUUCUAAUGUAGCACCUUCCGAUGUAGGGAUUUCUCUUUGUUUUGAUUUGAGUUGUUUCUCAUGGAUCCACCAGUAUUUUAUCUGGAGAGUUUUGCUGAGCUGGUUUCUGCUGAUUUACUGAGGAAGCUCAUCAAGUUGGUGACAGCUUGUUCUUUUCUUCCCUUCUCCCUCCAUCGUGCACAUACAGCAGCAUCUUCUGUGCUAGUUACCUGAACUCUUCUCGCAGUGGCAGUUCAGAGGGAUUUUUUUUUUUUAAUUUUAUUUGAAACCUGUUUAUUAAAAAGGUCUCUUCCACCUCCA